AUGUGUGUGGUUUCUUAAGAUAUUUAGAUAAUAGACUUAAUAAAUGAUUAAAUUAUAGGAGUGACUGCAAGUUUUAUUGAAAAAUAAAAUUAUAGCACCAAUCAAAUUAAUAGUAUCAACUAUGAUGAAGACUCUAAUUUAGUAUUAAGCUGCUCCAAGGAUGGUAAAAUUAUUGUAUGGAAUAUGUUAGAUCCAUUAAACCCUAUGUUUUAUUCCCAAAUAAUUUUUCCAAAUUAGCAAUGCCUAAAAGUUUUAAUGCUUUAAAGCUAGGUAGGAGCUGGUUUGUUAACUAAAUCGAUUAUUUUAUUUAAUAUGAGAGUAUAUUUGAUGGAUUCAAAUUACAAUGUGAUAUUCUAUGAUUUUGACUCAAAUGUACAAUAAUUUAAUAUAUCUUAAUUAGUACAGUUAGGUAUAAAGUCAUUAGUUUAUAGCUUUUUGUUCAAUUUAUCUACAAGCGCAGGUUCUUUGUUAAUGUUUAGUAAUUUACAAAACCAACUUUUUAUAUUUGAUUAAGAUUUGAAAAUAUUAUAUCAACCUUAUUAAUUUAUUGGAAAUCAAAUUGUAUACAUUUAUUAAUAUGAUGACAAAACAUAUUUUGUCUUAAUGUAUGCUCCUCUUUACAAUUAAGGUUAUCCUUAUUAUACUUCUAGCAUAACUCUGAAUACAACUAUUUAGUUCACCCAUUAUUAUGACUUCAUAUUAGGAUCUUAAUUAUUAAAUGUUGCUUAAUAUUAAUAAUAAUACCCCUUUGUUAAAAUAGUUCAUGUCUAACCAUAAAGUCCUACAUCUACUAUUGGAGAAGGUAGAGUUUAUAUACAAACUUAAGCAUUACAGAGAGCAAAGAAAAUAUCAACUCCUAAUGACAAAAUUUCUAAUAUUGUAACAAAUAAAUAGAAAACAGUUUAUAUAAUAGGCUCAACAACUGGAUCAUUAAUAGUAAGUCCAGAAAAUAAAAAUAGCUAUAUUUAAUAAAUAUAUUAAAUGCCUAAUUUAGUUUAAGGUGAUUCUUUACAGUCUAUUUAGUAAAAUUUUAAUAUAGGAUUGAUUUACUAUGUUUCUAGCUAUUAUAUUUUCACUUAUAAUUUACAUACUUAGUAGUAUUAUUACAGAUUAGACUUUGUUAAUUCUCAAUAAAGCAUAACUUCUAAUAAUAAAAUUUAACAAAUUAUAGUUUAUUAAUCCCCAAAUUUAGUUUUGGCUUUUUCAAAUCAAUUACUUAUUUUAAAAAACGAAGAUACUUAAAAAGCUUAUUAAAUAUCAACUAGCAACUAAAACUCUUAAUUAAAAUAUAUCAAUGGUUGUGCUUAUGAUUAUUAAUCAAAUACUAUUUUAGUGUACGGAAACGCAUUUCUAUAAUAUACCUUAGAUUUAAUUGAGUAUAAAAUUUUAUCACAACCUAAUCAACAAAAAUUUUAAGCUUGCUUAUUCUAAAGCAUUGUUACUGUAUGUUAGAUGAAUUCUAACUAGAUAGCAAUUUAUAAUAAAUAAUAAUAGUUUUAAAUAGUUUAAAUAAUAUAAAUCUCUACAUUUUAGACUUUUAGCAUGAUAGGGGAUGAGAGAUAUUAAAAUAUUUUAGUUUAUUCUAAUAAUAUAGAAGUCUAUAGUUUUGAUGGUAAUUAUAUCUCAAGAAUAAGUUCUAUAUAAUCAAAUAUAUCAUAGCUAAUUAUGACUACAUAGCAUGUUAUAGCAUUCACAUCACUAGGAGCAUUUAUUUUCACUAGAUAAAAUCUUGAAUAAGUAGCUAGCUUCUAACCACCAGGUGCGACUUUAGUUAAAGGUUAUUAUUUUUCUGAAAUAAAUACUUUAGCUUAUAUCACUAAUGAGAUAAGAUACGGAUAAGUAAAAUUCUAUAGCCUAGAUACCUUGUAAUCCACAGGAAGUGUGGUAAGCACUUUUCCAGAAUUAGGUAUUGGUACUCUUAUAAAUAUAUUCUAUGACUCAGCAAACAGUGCAUUUAUAUUUGCAGACACAUAUGGUAAUUUUUAUUACACUCUUUAUGGGUCCUAGUUGUAUGUGUUCAAUUUAAAUUUCUCUUUUAACUAUAAUAAGAUGUUAUAGACAUGA